AUGAUGACGUGCCGUCUGCUGUGCGCCCUGUUGGUGCUUGCCCUGUGCUGCUGCUCGUCCGUUUGCGCGUCAGCGGAACCGGAGCCUAAAGUUGAUGGUCAAGCUUCCCAGACGACCACGCCGACGAUAACACAGCCACAAGUUACUGAUGACAAGGCUAUUAUUCAAGCUGUUGGAGAAGCCACUGGUGAAUCGCCGCUCCUAUUAGAGGGAGCGCAGGGGGAAGGUCAGUCAGGACCGCCUGCAACAUCAGUGACUAAUCCGUCUGCGAUGCCAGGAGGAAAUGGCGGAUCGGGGCCGGGUGCGACUGGUUCGUUACAGGCAGCUGAUAACGAUGGUACGACAGGGCCACAGGGUAGCAAGGGAAAACCCGCGGAUCAAGCGAAUGAGAACGCCGAAGGUGGUGUUGACACGACCACUACGACCAUCACAACACAUGCAGCAGAUGAUGAAGACAAGGCUACGCCUGAUGCUGAAGCUAAUAAAAAAGUUACUAGUUCAUUGCUCCCUGCACCAGAGAACAGUCGGCCUGAGGCUGCUGAAGAGUCAGCCACUGAGCCGGCCCCGGGAAACAUUUUGCCAGAGGCGCCACGUUUAACUGUUCCGAGACCAAAAGUAAAUCCCGAGUACAAUACGGUACAGAAAACGGGUACGAACGGUACUGCAGGACAGGAAAGUGGUACGAGUACAUCCACAGAACAAGCAAAUAAGGAAACCGAAGAUGCGGUACCGACGAAAACGACAAAAACUAAGACGAAGGCAACAACCACUACGACCACCACUACAACAGAGGCACCAAGUACUACGACUACAGAGGCGCCAGCUGUGUCGACCACCCGCGCACCGUCACGUCUUCGCGAAAUCGACGGCAGCCUCAGCAGCUCUGCGCGGGUGUGUGCCCCGCUGGUGCUCGCCGCAUCCGCGCUGGCGUACACCACUGUGGGCUGA